UCAGAUGUUCAGUGGUGAGACGAUCACUCUGACAUGUGAGGUCCAGGGAGGAGAAACCACUGAGUGGACGUAUGAAUGGAGGAGAUCUGGCACAACUGUAAAACUGGGAAAUGACAAAGACCUGAAUGUGACAAUUUCUGAGUCCAACAGUGGAGACUACAUGUGUCAGUGUCGACUCAGAGACGACUGGUAUUCUGUGACAAAGUGGAGUGAAAAGAUCCCAGUGUCAUUGUCCACUCCUGGCAGCUCUUCAUCUCCUGUCCUUAUGAUCGUCGGACCUGUUAGUGGAAUCCUCCUGGUUCUUCUUCUGGUGUUACUGUGGUACUACAGGCAGUCCAAAGAUUUACGCUGGGCUGGGCGGAAGCUUCUAAAAAGCAGAUUCAACAAGAAUGAAAAUGAUGAGAGCAACUCUCUGCAUGGUGAUGAUCAUAUCUACGAGUCGGUCAACUUUUCAGAGCCCAGUGGAAAUGUGGUAGACAAACCCACAGAUGUAACCUACUCUCUGAUUGAACUGAAAAACUUUGGGAAAGAGAGUACCCCAAAUAAACCAGCAGAGGGCGCUGUUUACUAUUGUCUGGAACCUGGAAUGGAAGGUAGGGGGAGCCCUGGAGCAAAAGAAGAGGCUGUUUAUUCUGAAAUCAACUCGGGACCAGAGAACCAUAACACCAUGUAGGCUGCAUGCUUUAAUAAUUCAGUCUACAGCUUCUAACUCAUGCAGAUUUUGUAGGAUUGAUUGUAACAAACUAAAUAUUAACCUUUCAUAAAACUGAUUUUAGCUGUUUGCUAUGUGUGUGUUUAAAAUAAUCCCUCUCAAUGUUCGCAGUCAUUUAUUAUACUGGCAACUCUGCUUUACUUUGCUUUACUUUGCUUUAAUUUGUUUUAUUUUAUUAUUUUAGUUACUCACUUUGUAAAAAUAAAUGAUUCCUUUUUGUCAUUCCGACAUUAAAUCACACAAAACUUUUUUUGUUUUGAGUUCAAUUACUAGCAUUAUUUUUUUUUAUUUCUUAACAGUAAAAUGGUAAA